AUGUUCGACGUCACAGAAAUCAGAAACCCCAUUGACAUAAAAUCCAUAGAGAGGUACUUGACGAACCUCCCUUCCUCGGCUAUAAGAGGCACCGAGGUGCCCCAGUUCAAGGCGCCUUUCAAGAUGGAGCAGUUCAGGUUUGGCCAGUCCAACCCUACGUAUUUAAUCACAGACGGUGCCCAAAACCACUUUGUCUUGAGAAGGAAGCCUUCUCCUAAUAAGAAACUUGUUUCUCGGUCAGCACAUGCCAUUGAGCGUGAGUUUUUCAUUCUUGAUGGUAUUGCUAAGUGUAACCAGUCGGUGCCUGAGGUGAGGAAAGUGCCAGUUCCUAAGGUGCAUGUUCUCUGUGAGGACGAGUCCGUGACGGAUGCUGUGUUUUAUGUUAUGGAGUUUGUGGAUGGUCGUCCAAUAAAGAGACCAGACUUGCCUGGUAUUGCAGAGUCUGAGAAACAGAGCUACUGGGAAGCUCUCAUGACCACCAUUUCUGCUAUCCAUUCGCUUGAUGGUAACGAGCUUGUGAAGUACCUUCCAGCCAACCACUUUCCACAGUUUCAGCCUGAGAAGCUUGCUAAGAACAAGGGCGGACCUAGCUACUUCCAGAGACAAAUCAAGACUCUCAGUGGUGUAGAGAACUUGCAAGCUCAGACGGUGGAUCCAAUUCCUAACUUUAAGGAAUUGAUCAAGUACACUGCCGAGCAUGCUCCAAGGGAUCCUUCAAAGUUGACCUUGAUUCAUGGCGAUUGUAAGAUUGACAAUUUCCUCUUCCACCCUACAGAGCCUAGGAUUAUUGCUGUGUUGGAUUGGGAAUUGUGUACUUUUGGCCAUCCACUUUUCGAUUUGGCCAACUUACUCCAGCCUUUCGAAAUGACCAACGAGUUGAACAAUGCGUUCUUCAAACCAGAAACGGUGAAUAUCGGCAGACAAAAGCCAGGAUCCAAGGAAGCCGUUCUUGAUAAAUUGCGUCUUUACCUGAAGAAGCUCGGUUACCCAUGGAACGACGAUGUUCCCGAGAACAAUCCUGUUGACUUGUGGACAGUAGGUGUGAUUUUCGGUAUCCUCAGACUCUGUGUGAUUUCUCAAGGUGUGGCCAUGAGAGUUGCCAAGGGUACUGCCAGUUCAGCCAUUGCCUCUGGCUACCUGAGCUUGUAUGUUCCACUUUCUGCCUUGGCCAUGGAAAUCAUCCAAAAGAGUUCCAAGUUGUAA